AUGCUACUCGUAUAUCCGUUCAGCAUCGUCCUUUCUUUCCUGUUCGUUAACAUGCAUGUGGUGUUUCUUCCAUUUGGCACCUUUCGGCAGUUCAUACUCCUUGCGUACUCUGUGUACAAAAAGACGCUUCAGCUCCUGCGCUUUCGUGCCGCCACGCGCGAUAUGGACCGGAAGUAUCCCCCGCUGUCUCAGUCCGACGUCGUGCAGAUGCAUGACAAGACAUGCAUUAUUUGCCGCGAGGACUUUGACGUAGAUUCCCGUUCGCUGGCCGAUACACCUCGAAAGCUGCCAUGCAGUCACGUCUUUCAUUUCCGGUGCUUGCACUCUUGGCUCGAGCGUCAGCAGAAUUGUCCCACAUGUCGUCGAGAUGUCCUGGCGCCAACUCCAGCUGCACAGAACACUUCUGAUCCUAAUACUGUACCGACGCAAACACCAGAACCAUCUCCUUUGUCGGACGCUCAGACACCUGAUCAUCUUGGUGCUACAUCUGGACUGUUUCGCGAGCAAGCAUCGCAGCAGCAAGUUAGUCACGAUGCAGCUCAGCAAACCAUGCCAGCGGGCAGCAUCGAGUCAACGUCUUUGCAGUCGCUGAUCUCACGAUUGUCUCCCCAAGCCGAAGCAACUUCUUCCCGUGAUACCCUACCGUCAAUGUCAGCCCCUCUUUCCCCGGAGGCAAGCAGCUCCCGCACCCGUCCAGAGUACCAUCUUCCUGUAAAAGAUGACUCCACGGCGGCUGGUUUGGAUCCCCGCGAAGCUGUUCGACAGGCUGCGCUCAAACGCUUUGGUACUCGAGAGCACACUCUAACAGCGACUAAUCAUAAGGACACGGCAACACCUGGCUUGAUACCACUCUUUGACCCUGCAUCAAUUCACGACUUUUCCUCGCGGGUCGAGUCCAAGCUGCCGCAUCCAUUGGUCAGUUGGGCUGCAUCGAGAUCGUCCCUCGCACCGGAUCUGUCCUUGUCUACGGAGCAGCUGGCGCAAAUCACCGACGAACAUUUGCGAAGGCGACUUUGUGUUUUACAAGAUACAAAUGCUACGUUGGAGCGCACAAUUGCGCAGAUCCAAGAAGUAUUACGGCCAUCCGCCACUGCUCCUUACGACACGGUCGACGGUAAUGACGUCGACCACCCCAACAGCAGCCCUCACAAGGGCAAGUCUCGUGAUCUAGCGUAG